AUGUCCUUCAACCCCUACGCCCAAAACGUCACCAUCCGCAUCUCCCCCGCCCUCCCCGCCCUCCACAUCCCCCUCCACUUCAUCGACUCCUUCAACGACGAAACCGUCAGCAUCGUCCUCAACUACGGCACCCAGCUCGGCGCCGCCAUCAUGAUGCUCCUCGUCGUGCUCUUCACCACGCCGCCCUCCAAGUUCCUCCGCACCGCCCACUUGCUGCACCUGCUGGGUCUUCUCGUCUGCAUCGUCCGCACCGUCCUGCUCGCCUUGUACUUUGAAUCGCCCUUUGCGCACUUCUACGCCGUCUGGAGCGGCGACUACUCGGGCGUCCCCUCUUGGACGUACCGCGAGAGCGUCGCCGGCACCGUCCUGUCGAUGCUGCUCGUGGUGGUCAACGACAUGGCGCUCAUGAACCAGGCCUGGACGAUGGUGUCGCUGUGGCCGACGGCAACCAAGUUCGUGCUCUGCGCCGUGUCGCUGCUCUUUGCGCUGCUGUCGGUGGCGGCCCGGACGGCCUUUACCGUGAUCCAGUGCAAGGCCAUCUACGCCCUGGAGCCGGCGGUGCAGUUUGCCUGGCUGGUGCACGCCAUGGUCAUCAUCAACAUCUGCACGACGCUGUGGUUCUGCGCGCUCUUUAACUCUAAGAUCAUCAUCCACCUCAUCGCCAACCGCGGCGUGCUUCCUUCCCGGCGGGCUAUGAGCCCCAUGGAGGUGCUCGUCGUGACCAACGGCGCACUCAUGAUCAUCCCAGUCAUCUUCGCCUUCAUCGAGUUCCGCCCCAUCCUAAACUUCGAGUCCAGCUCUCUCACACCAGCCUCCAUCACCCUCAUCCUGCCUCUCGGCUCCCUCGUCGCCCAGCGCCUGGCCUAUACAAACCAAAACGCCGUUCCCAGCCUCUCCGGCUAUCCCUCUUCUACCGGUGCAGGAGGCUACAAAAACAACCGCAGCUCCGGCUCCAAUACGCCCCUGAAAGCCGGAUCGCUGUUUGCAACUUCGACCAACAACAGCAUCUCUGCGGCUCGGUCUCACUCGACGUCACGGAACACCACCACUGUCUGUGCUAGAGAUGUUGUUGAUCCCAUCGAGCUUGAGCUGAGACAGAUUGAUGGGUACUUGCAGCCACAGGAGACUCACAUCAGCGCAGAUUUGGGCGGGAGCCAGUCUCACAAGUAG